GUCCAGUGAAACUCGUAUAUAAGUCCAGCACUCCCAAGAUCAAGUUUAUUGUUGUGUCUCGAAUAUCACUCCGGAAAAUAUAUCAUCAUGGCAAAGGGUCUGGUAAGUGUGCCUUCGAAGGCGAAGGCGGCAAGCAAGAACAAACAAGUGAAGGCUGCACCACCAAGAGCUCUGCCAGUGACAUUGCUCUCGGGCUUCCUGGGGAGUGGGAAGACUACGUUACUGCAGCAUAUCCUCAAAAGCGAUCAUGGCCUUCGAAUCGCUGUGAUCGUCAAUGAUAUUGGAGCAAUCAAUGUCGACGCAUCUCUCAUCAAGAAGAACUUCCGCAAGACCAAGGAGAAAGUGGUCCAACUCCAAAACGGCUGCAUCUGCUGCACGCUUCGCGGAGAUCUGCUUGAAGAGCUGGUGUAUCUGUCCGAACUCGGAGAGUUUGACUAUGUCAUUGUCGAGAGCAGUGGCAUCAGCGAGCCCCAACAAGUUGCUGAGACCUUCGACUCUGAACUCGCCUCUAGAAUGGCCGAAUUGGGCAGUGGAGACGAUGCAUUGGAUGAGAGCAUGAAGAAAGUCCUCACAAGAAUAGCCAAUGCCGGUGGUGUCGGAAAGUUUGCCCACAUUGACACUUGCGUUACAGUCAUUGAUGCCUUCGAGAUUCUGAAUGACUUCAACACUGACCAACUCAUAUCUGCGACUCGUAACGACGUGACGAAAGAGGACGAGAGGACAGUCUCGGAUCUCAUGAUCGACCAGAUUGAGUUUGCAGAUGUAAUUGUUCUGAACAAGAUAGAUAUGGUCGACGAAGCAACCCAACGUCGUAUCAUUGAUCUAGUUUCAACGCUAAAUCGCAACGCAAAAGUGAUUAAGUCAAGUUACGGCAAGCUUGACGUCAAUCAGAUUGUGAACACAAAGCUGUUCAACCUCGAGCGAGCUCAGAUCGGCUUUGGGUGGCUUCAGGACUUGCAUGAAAUGACGUUGCGAGAGGUCAACGGCCGCAUGAAAGUAACACCAAAACCAGAAACAGAGGAAUACAACGUGCGAAACUUCGUCUACACGAGAUCACGUCCCUUCCAUCCGCGAAGACUCUGGAAACUCCUCUACGACAAAUUCAUUCUGCAGAUGCAACACGAGGACGACGAAGAAGACAGCAUGGAUGAAGACGAUGAGACCGACGAAGAAGACGAGGACGAUACUGACGUCGACAUGGAAGACGAAGACGAAGAUCCCCUGAACCCACCCUCCAACCAAGAAAUCCUAGCAAACAAGAGCUCCAACCCCAUCAUCAGCCGCCUCUUCCGCUCCAAAGGCGAAUUUUUCCUCGCCACUCGCCCUCACCGCGCAGGCGAGUGGUCGCAAGCCGGCGCCAUGCUGACACUCAUCGGUGGCCGGCCUUGGUUUUGCACGUUGCCAGAAGAGGACUACAUCACGGGCAACAAGGAGAUCGAUGCGCUGGUGCUGCACGACAUCAAGAAGGGCGGCGAGUGGGGAGACCGUCGACAGGAGUUAGUCUUCAUUGGUGAAAACCUGGACAUCAAGGGGAUUUCGGGAUUGCUUGACGAGUGUCUACUGAACGAUGAGGAGUGGGAGGCUUGGGUUGAGGUCAUGAGUGAUUCUGAGUUGGAGAGCAAUGAGGCAAGGAUGGAGGCUCUGGAGCAGUUAUUUGAUGAUGGGUUUCCGGAUUGGCCCGAGGAUCACGAUCAUGACUCUGAGCAUUGAACUGACGAUCAUUUAAUAAAUAUUAGGAGCCAGUCCGUAGAGAUAUUUAUAUAUAAUCUCGUUAACAAUCACUUCCUUUUGCUCCAGAGUCUAAUUUCAUUACACGGCAGCUACGGUCGCGGUAUGAAUUAUAACUACGAAUAUGGUAGGGCAAUUUGGUCUCUUUAAUACCUUACAGGAGGGCUGCCGCGGCCGGGGAAUAGCCCUGACGAAUAAACUCUUUAGUGCGCU